AAAGAAGCAAUUCAUUCAUCCCAAUAUUUGUCAACGCAGAAACGCUAGACAAAUCAGUACCCAGCACGAGCUGGUGUCUUCCCCGAGUCCCCGUCGGGAUGCCGUGAUCCACCACAACACCACGGACCACCAAACCAAAGCAAAGCAAGGGUCUCCGUCAUGCUCACAUUCCUAGGUCCUCCUUGUGGCAUCUCCCCACCAAAAAGCGUCGUCCUCAACCUCAAACCUCGCAAUUUUCUAUCUGUUCUCCCUACCAGGCGCUAUUUAUUCAGAUUGAGCUAAUCAGCCACCAAACUCGCAGAAUUGUGGCUGUUUUCUUCCUCUCCAGCUUCCAAUCUGAUCGUUGUCAGUGUGGUUAUUGGAGCAGUUGCCAUCGAUCAUGGUCGCCAAGAUCAAGCGACAGAUCGGCGGCCUCUCACUCCUCGCUAAGCUUGGUUUGCUUCUGCUCGCGCUGCUGCUGCUUCUUGCUGCUAUCUUGCUGUUGGUGUUCUUGCUCCCGCGUCACCAUCGGAGGCCGUUGCCGCCGGGGUCGCCGCCGGUGAACGCCUCCGACCCCGACAACAUCGUGGCGUUUGAUUUCUCGCCGUUCCUUAUACUGUACAAGAGUGGGCGCGUCCACCGGAUGGAUGGGACGGACCGCGUCCCCGCCGGCGUCGACGAGGCCACCGGGGUGACGUCCAAGGACGUCGUCAUCGACCGGAGCACCGGCGUCGGCGCCCGGAUGUACCUACCGCCGGCGAAAGGUGCGGGGAAGAAGGACCUUGCCGGCGCGCUGCCCGUUCUUGUGUUCUUCCACGGCGGCGCGUUCGUCAUCGAGUCGGCGUUCACGGCCAAGUACCACGACUACCUGAACAAGGUCACGGCGAAGGCGCGCGUCGUGGCGGUGUCCGUGGACUACCGCCUCGCGCCGGAGCACCCGGUGCCGACGGCGUACGACGACUCGUGGCAGGCGCUGAACUGGGUGGCCAAGAACGGCAGGUCCGGGCCGGAGCCGUGGCUGCGGGACCGCGGGAACAUGUCCCGCCUGUUCCUCGCCGGCGACAGCGCCGGCGCCAACAUCGCGCACAACAUGGCGAUGCGCGCCGGGAAGGACGGGGGGCAGCUUGAGGGCGGCGUGGCCAUCACCGGCAUCCUCCUCCUCGACCCCUACUUCUGGGGCAAGAACCCCGUGGGCGCGGAGACCACGGACCCGGCGAGGCGGCGCCAGUACGAGGCGACGUGGUCGUUCAUCUGCGACGGCAAGUACGGCAUCGACGACCCGCUGGUGGACCCGCUGUCCAUGCCGGCGCCGGAGUGGCGGAAGCUGGCGUGCUCGCGCGUGGCCGUGACGGUGUCCGACCUCGACGACUUCAAGGAGCGCGGGAAGGCGUACGCGGCGGCGCUCCGCGACAGCGGGUGGGGCGGCGAGGUGGAGGAGUACGAGACCGCCGGCGAGGUGCACGUCUACUUCCUCGACAAGCCCUCGAGCCCCAAGUCCGCCAAGGAGCUGACCUUCGUCGCCGGCUACCUGAGCCACGAGUAGCAGCAGCAGCACAACGGCAUGGGUGUCAGAUUGGUCGCAGACUUGCAGUACAUGAUUGAUUGAUAAUUACUCAUUAGUGGAGUACCAGCUAGUACAGUUGUCUACAUGUCUUCUUGUCUUGUGCAUCUAUAGAUUUCUCCAUUGUUUGAUCGAUCGGUCAUCCGGAUCCAGUUCAUGAUGAGUACAGUGAAAUUGCUGGGGAUUUUGGGGGAAAGUUGGAUGCUUUCCGUGCCUGCAGUGUUCAGAAGAAUCGGCAGGGGAGUGUAAGUUUCUCCAAAGUGAGUGCAGAGUGCAGUCAGAGGAUUGGUCAAUCUCGUUAUCUUGUGGUGACCGGGUGACGCAUGCCGAGCACCCAGUGCAAAUAUUUUACUGUUUGGAUCAUUUGUUUUCUUCAGAAACCUCGUACGGUUGUUCAGAUGUCUCCUGGUCUUGCCAAAAUUAUGCAUGAAGCUGCUGGUUA